AUGAAGAUCACCAAGGCGCCGAAGCGCAAGCCCGAGGUACCGGCCGACUUGGCCGCCUUGGGCACGCGCAUGGUCGAGGCGCCCGAGCCUGAGCUGGCGGGCCUGCUGGCUAGCGUCGACCAGUGGGUCUGGCCACGCGGCGAUUUGUACUCCUGGGUCGCCGUGCUCAAUCGGCUGGACGAUAUUCUAGCGCGCAUAUGUACGGAGACGCCGUUGCGUCCGUUCCAGACGGCGCCGUUCGCACCGGCGAACCGCACUCUGCUGCUCGCGAUCCUCCAUUUUGCGCGGCUGCUCCUGGAAAACUGCAUGAACCGCAAACUGUAUGCCUCGUAUGAGCACCUGGACACGCUACUCGGCAGUGACGAUGGCGAAGUGCUCGAGGCGCUGCUCUACCUACUGCUACGGCCGGCUCAGCAGCACACGGGCUCCGGCCGUCACGAGUUGGCUGUGGACCAUGCGCGGCUGGCCGUGCUGGCGUCGGCGUGGCCCCCGCGCGACCACGGCGUUGAACUAGCAGAUGCUGCGCAAGAGGCUGCGGCAUUUCCCGCUGGUAUGCAGAGCGUGCAAAUGCACUGUCACCAGCGGCCCGGCGGGGAGGAGCCCGGGCCUGCGACGCCUGUGCGCCACACCCACGACGAGCCGUCCGACUGGGUCUAUGUGCACCAUCUCGACACCGAAACACGCUCUGCCGGCGCGAUUGUGCUGGCUGCCGACCGCCAUGGGCGUCUCUCGGAAGAGGAGCGCUUUGAGCUCUUCCACAAGGUGCGUGUCGCACUCGCCUUCCGUGCAUGGCCGUCGCGGCAGCAGGCCAUCGUGUGCCGUCUUCUGGCCAUUGCAUGCUUUGCGCACACCGCGCCAGAGUCGGCUGUGAAUACACGUCUCUAUAUGGUCGAGCCCUCGCUUGUGUCGCGCACCGCCGCGUUGCUGGAGCCUGCGCGCCACACGGGGUACUGGGUGCAGAGUGCUGCGCUGUACGCGCUGGAUUCCGUCGGCCACUUUCGCGUGCGCCUCGGCGAGCUACUUACCGCGGUGAAUGCGUCUGUGAGCCACGGCCUGCUCCUCCAAGUCCUGCUCAACACUCAGGAGGCACUCCAGGCCAGCGCCGACGGACCAACGCCGCCGCUGGGCACGCACAUGGAUGCGUUUGUGGACGCGCUCAUGACGCUCGUCGCGAACCUCACAACGACCGUGUCGGGCAGCACGAUGGUGGUGAGUGCGGGACUCAUUCCACAGCUGCUGGAGCUUGCGUGUAUUGUGUCGCACACCAAUGCACUUGUGCAGCGUACAUCAGCGCGCGCCAUUGGUCUGCUCGACAGCCUGCUCUACUCGUACCCGCCGGCGCUCGAGCAAUUCACCGCUGCCCGGGGCAUGGAUGUGCUGGUGGCCCGAACUGUGCAGUGUGUCGACGAUGCCGUAUCUCGCAAUGCACCGCUUCCGUUUGGCGCCACGAAUGUGCUGCGCCAACUGUUGCGCCUGUUCCACCAUCUAAUGACGACCACCGGCUUGGCUGACGGGCUGCGCAACCUGAUUGACACGCCACUUGUGCCGGCACUGCGCACGAUCAUGGAACAACGUGCCCUUUUUGGUACGUCUGUGCUGGCGCAAGCCAUCACGAUCAUGGCCUCUUUCGUGCACAACGAGCCGACGCAGUUGGUCACGAUCCAGGAGCACAAGCUGCCGGAUGCCUUUUUGGGUGUCGUACAGGAUGGUCUUGAGCCGAGCUUUGAACUGCUCAAUGCCCUGACCACGGCCAUCGGCGCGUUGUGCCUGAAUGAGGCAGGGCUGCACCAUAUGACGUCACAGCCGAUCGUGCCUCACGUCCUGCGCGUCCUGACGGAUGAGCGCUACCACCGCGUGCUACUGGACCGCGACAAUGCCAAUAUCUUCGGAACGGCCGUCGACGAGCUCGUGCGGCACCAUCCUAGCCUCAAAGAGGGCGUGCAGACUGAGCUCGUGCACCUUUUAGAUGGCCUUGUGGCGAUGGGCCAGGCCUUCUCCCCCCCGACCGAGCCGGCCGCGCGUGCUCUGUACGAGCUGCCGUCCAGCGGAGACGCCGUGUCGCCGCAGCCCAUUUCUACCGCCGAGCUCGUGCUUGAUGAGCCGGAUCAAACCGUGCCUGAGCCGGUUCCCGGGGACGCCAAUGCGCCAGUGGCCUCGUUCGAUGUGUUAUGUCGCUUUCUUGAAGGCUUCUUUCGAAACGCAGCGCUCUGCCGCGACUUUAUGCGCAGCGGCAGUCUUGCACGCCUGCUUGCCUUUCUUUCGACGCCAUGCAUCCCCUACCACUUUGGUACUUCGACGCCGGCUGACUCGUUAGUCAUGCUCCUCCGCACUAUGGUCGAGGAGAGCCCUAGCACGGUACUGAGCGCGCUCCUUCGUGACGUGCAUCAAUCUAUGACCGAGAUUGCGUCGCCCAUGCUGGCGCUUCUCGAGCCGCAUGCGCCUGAGCUUCAGCCCCGCUUCCGUACGUGGGUGCGACUGCAUACGCGCCUGCACGUCCUCACGGACGUGUGUGAGACGUUUGUGCAGUCGUUCAUGUUCCCGAACGCGAGCACCAAGGUGCCACUCGCGCUUUUCCGCGCGCUGAGUGAGGGUGGCGAUGUCGCGACGCUCGCACAGCUUGGGCAACUUGUGCGCAUGUGCGUGUGGGAACACUUGCGCGUCAAGGCAGCCUUGCGUGGCCGCGAUCUUUCCUCGCAUGCUGGUGUCACGGCGGUGCAGUACAUGGCCGUGCGCAUGCAGGCGUCACUGCAAGCCCUCUUGUCGGUUGUGGCGCGACUGCUCACACCCAAGCGGCACAUGGACGCAGAGUUUGCGCGCGUCUCCGCAGCGACGACCGAUCAAAUGGCGCGUGCUCUGCGUGCCUGGCAGGCCAAGCGCAGCGAUGCAUCGCCUGGCGAUACGCUGGGCGAGCAUACGUACCUGUAUCUGAUGCUCGCGCACCUACUGUACGAUCGGCGCCCGACGCAUGCCAUGCAUGCUCAUACCAUGCUGCUUCAUGCGUGGGUAGAACAAGGCGGUGAUGCGGCGCUUGGGUCCCAGCUUCACGAGCUGCUGCCGCAUCUGGAGCAUGAUGUAUCAGACGACGAAACAAGCGUGGGCGCGCAUGCCGUGUGUACACUGCGUGCCUAUCUGGACCUGUACGCACGCCUCUUGCAGGCGCGGCCGCUUUUGGAUGCGCCGCAGACCACUCACCUCACACGCGACGCGCCUUCUGCGCCCCACAGGCUACUUGUGGAGCUGCGCGCACGAGCGCUCGAUGUGCUAGAGCCGCUGUGGCAGGCACCAUGGCUCGCUAAGCUGCCACUGAGCCCCGUACGAAUGACGGGCCAAGCGCUUGGCCUGAUCCUACAAGCCGACCGUGAAUCGCCCCCACCGCCCCGACCUACGUCGUCGGUGCCCACCGAUCUUCCCUCGGCACUCGCUGCAACGCUGGGUGGUGCGCCGAUCCCCUUCCCACCGCGCCCCACGAGCCUCGAGGGAUCGUCGCGCAUCGUCGCAGACGAAGCACGCCUUGCGCAGCUCGUGGAAAUGGGCUUUCCCCGCGGCGCGGCGCGGCGCGCGCUCGAGCGGUGCCACAAUAACGUAAGCGCGGCGACUGAAUACGUCUUGCAGCAUCCUGAGCUGGAAGACGAGCCGGACGCGCCGCCGACAGCACCCGAGGGUGAGGAACGUGCCGAGGAGCCUCGAGAGGCGGCCUCAGAGCCGCCUGCUACGUCGGCUCCGCGCUCGGUCAGCGAGGCGCUUGCGCAAGCGGUGCUGUCUCUUGAUGACGGGUCUGGCGCGCCGGAGGCACCUGCUGACAGCGCAACGGGCGGCCCGUCCGAGUCGCAAGAGGCAUUACGUACUGCCAAGGCAGCGCUGGAUGAGCGCCGCUCAGCGUUCCGACCCACCUUUUUCCCGCGUCUCUUGGCGUUGGCGGAUACACACGAACCGCUGGUCUUUGAUGCGAAGCAGGUGCUUGGUGCAAUCAGCAAGGACAAGGAGCGGGUUGCAGCACUUUGGGAGCAUGUGCUGCAGCGCCUCCCUGACGACGUGGCCGAUCCUACGCUGCCUACACGCCUGCACUUUGUUGCGCUUCUCGUCACGUACGAGCGUGUGCAGCUGUCGCUCCCCUGGUCAACGUUGCCGCCUCUCGCGCAGCGCUUGCUAGGCUGGGCACAAGCGCAGGCACAGGCCCCGUCAGAGCUGCCGUUCUAUGCGUCGGUGCUUAUGGCGCUGAACGGUGUGCUUGGCCUUGCAGAAGCACCGAAUGAUCAGCCAUGUGAUACGGUCUUGCCCGGCGACCGUCUUGCUCUCUUACGUGAGGCGCGCGCGCAGCUCCUGCCGCUCUUGCUACAGACGCUGGAGCGCGCCCCGCAGUUCUCCGCGAGUGCUCUGCUUGCCACGUAUCGUGUGCUUGUGCUGGUGACGCGCGAUUCCGUCACGGCCGCGGCACUUGCAGAGGACCAGCAGCUCGCCAAGGUGCUUCGCCCGCUUCUCUCGACCCGCUUCUCGCAGCUCGCGUCUUGUCAGCGCCUCGUGCUGAUGAUCCUGCGACAUGUGGUCGAAGCGGGUGGCACGCUUCUCUCGCUUGUUGCGCACGAUAUUCAGGCGUGGUUUGCGCACAUGUCGCGCACGCGGCACAUGGAAAUUACGCAUCUUCUCAAAGCUAUGAGCUACGCGGUGCUGCGCGAUCCUGUCACGUACAUGCGCGCAGCAUCGACGCAGCUCGAGCUCGUGGAUGGGUCUGGCAGCCCGAUGUCGCAUGUGCGAUUACAAGCCGGGGCCAAGGUGCCUGCGCUGCCGGACGUGGCCCAGUCGCUAUGCGAUGGUGUCAUGGACACGCUGCUUGGGCAGGCGCUGCACGUGCUCCGCGGCGAGCUGGGACCACUGCCUGGCGAGGCUGCAUCGCCAGACGCGCUUAGCGAGGCGGACGCGCGUGAUGCCUAUGCGUUCUUCCUGCUGCAGGCCAUGGUCGAAAUGACGUCGUCGUAUAUGGGCUGCAAGCACAGUUUCUUGCGGCAUCACGUCGGAAAGGAGCCCAUGCUCGCGCAUAUGUUGUCUACAUGGGUUCCCAGUGGCUUCCUGCACAACUAUGAGCCGGACGAGCUGCGGAAGCGCAUGGCGCAGUCGAACUGGGCCAUGUCGCUGGGCGUGGCGCUGGCAAUGGAUCCUGCGCCGAUGGCGGACGCAACUGCUGUACCUGAAGCUCUUGUGGGCGUGCGCAAGACGCUGCUUGACGCACUACAAACGGCCAUCCGCGAGGCGCAGCAGAGCAGCGAGGUGGUAGAGGUACGCUAUGGCCGGCUCUAUGCGCUCGCGGACUUGUGCCACCGGCUGCUUACGGCGCAGCCUCAUCCGAAUGGCGUUGUCGCUAAGCGCUCGGAGGUGGUCCUGCACCUGGCCAAGACUAUGCUAGAGAAGAACUUUGUGCCGCUCCUCGCGAGUGUUCUAGCAGACGUCGAUCUUGGCUUUCCAUCGGUGCGUGCGCUGCUCGAGGCGGUGCUGCGGCCGCUCGAGCAUCUGACGAGGGCUGCGAUCAAAAUGGCGCGUGCGCAUAGGCAUCGGCGACCGGCUGCGGCAGACGGCACGGGCGCACCUUCGGGGGCGGUGGAUCAUCAAGACGUUGGCUCGUCUGAAGAAGAAGAAGAUGAUGACGACGACGACGAAGACAUGCAGAGCGACUCUCUCGAGGAGGACGGCGAAGGUGCGCCAGACUUUUACCGCAACUCGUCGCUUGGUAUGCAUACAGGCGAGAUGGAGCAGGGCGCGUACGAUUCGGCCGAUGAGCUGAGUGAUGAGGAUGACGACGCCGAGAUGGAGAUGGAGGAGUACGACAGCGAGGAGGGAAGUGAGCUCAGUACGGACGCUGAAGGUCUCGAUGGCGAUUCGACGCAUGUGGUUGAGGUCAUGGAAGAGGACGAUUCCAUGGAUGAGCACGAUGGAUCAUCGGACGACAUGUACGACGAACUGGAGGAUGAGUGGGAGGACGAGUAUGACGACGGCCUGAACGAGCUCGACGAUGAGGACGUUGACUACGUCAUCGAGGAUGACAGGUCCGCAGGUGACGAGGGACCCGAUGCUGGCGAUGAGCAUGGCGUCAGUGAGAUCCUCGAGGCCCUGGAUGAUAUGGAGGGCGGCCACGUUGAUCUACUGGAAGGUGAUCAGGCGGAGUCGGGCGACGAGGCCCUCCUUGAAGCUGACGAUGCGGCAGAGCUCGACUUUGGCGACGACUCUGUAUGGCCCCCACCACGGCACACCGACGACCGCUUCGGCGCCAACUGGUCGUGGACGCAGGCGCCGCGCCCUGGUCGCCGCGACAUGACUGGCCCGCCGACCUUCUUCACCGAGUCGCUCGCUCCCCACGGCGCAUCGGAUUCGGCCGUGCGUCCUACGCCAUCGCCCGCGCGUCACCAUGACGACGACGUGGCGUUCCAUCCCUUGCUGGCCGACGACCAUGCGGCGCAAGGCGAUGGCGACGGUCCUCCUUGGUCUCGGAGCGUGGAAUCGCUCAUGGGUGGUCCUACGAUGCAGUUCCUCGAAAUGUUUCUCCAGCGCAACGUGCCAAGUGGUACGGAUGCAAGCAUUCGAAUUGAGCUCGACCACGGGCACGGCACACCGCGCAUGCACAUUGCCAAUAUGCAUGGCGAUUCGCUGCGCCCUCGCCAGGGGCCGCCGCGCUCGCGUGAGGGUGCAAGUGGUGCUGCCGAUGUCGUCGCCGAGUCGCAUCGUUUUACACCGCUGCACACGAACGCGCGGCGUGGUGAAGAGGCGCUUAUUCUCCUUGGCACAGCGGCCUCAGAGCUGGGCGCCGCGCUGCGGACACAGCUCGUUCAUGCGCUGCAGCCGCAGGAAAGCUACCGCACCAGUGAAAACCGCGAGCCUGAGGCAGCGCAGCGUGCUGCCUCUGACACCAAGCGCAAGCAUGCCGAGGUCGAUCCGGCGUCGCCCGAAGCGCCCCCCUCGCGUACGACGGUAUCGCUGCAUGGGACGCCCAUCGAUCUCUCGGAUACGGGCAUCGAUCCGACAUUCCUCGAGGCACUGCCGGAGGAACUACGGGAAGAGGUGCUUCUCAGUCAGCAGCUCCACGAGCGUCUUGCGCGCAGCCAGCGGCGCCCCCCGAUGGCGCCCGACUUUCUUGACGUGUUGCCGCGCUCGCUGCGUGCUGAGCUGCAGCAUGUGGACGAUGAUGUGCCGCAGGAUCGGUCGCGCGCAUCUCGCCCGGCCCCCGCGCCGCCCCGCGACGACGCGCACGGCGAGGUUGCCGAUCGGCAACGACCUGCAGACAGCACGGAAGCGCCGAACGCUGAGGGUCAACCCCGCAAUGCGAUCCAGCUCCUCGACCGGGCCGGCAUGGCAGCGCUUGUGCGUCUCCUCUACUUCCCAUCCAUGCAUGCUCGCCCCUCGCUCUUGCACAAGGUGCUAGCACAUCUCUCGGAGAAUGCGCGUAGCCGCACGGAGCUGCUGACACUGCUACUGCUCGUCCUGUCAGACAGUACCACGAGUUCCGGCACCGUGGACCGUUCGUUUGCGGCGAUGAGCAACAAGGCUGCGCGCCAGACACCGCAGCGCGGCACGCCUCGCCGUCCAGCGACGCCGAAUGCGUCCGGUUUGCUGCCUCCUGCGCUGCCCGCGCCGCUGGCCCUGAUGGGUGGUGAGGCACCGCACCUGAUUGCGUCGCGCAGUCUUGAGACGCUCACCUACCUAACGCAGGCGAAUGACCAGGUGGCUCUGCACUUUUUGAGGGAGGACAAGACGCGCAAGGGCACCAAGCGCAUGCCCGUGCAAAUCCUGCUGAGCUUGCUGGAAAAGGAUGCACUGCUCGAGCAUGCAUCCCUCGUCAAUGCCCUGGUGCAGCUGCUUCACAUGAUCACCAAGCCGCUCGUGGCGUCACACCAGGCGCCAGACGGCAAGAGUGCCGUGCUGGAUGGGCCGCACGCGGGUGUCGAGGUCGCUCCAAUCCCAGCAGAGCGCCUUGCCGCAUUGGUCCAGCCGCUGAAGACGCCCAUGUCGUCGCGUGCCUUCCAGCACACAUUGGGUGUGGCGUCCAAUCUGGCUCAUAUGCCCGGUGCACGGGAUGUGAUUAGUGAGGCACUACAGCAGGCUGCGACGCGUGCGUCGAAAGCGCUCGUUACAGACUUGGACGCCCUCAUCGAAACGCUGCCGCCCGCAGAAACAAGUGACGAGAGGCCCCAGAGCGAGGCGCUGCCCCAGGACGGCAACCUCGUUGCCACUCGCCAAACUCGCGAGCCCGACGAGUGCACAGGCUGA